AUGACUUCAGAAUACGAAAAGAAAACCGUCGCACAAUUGCAGGAGCUUCUCAAAGCCCGCAGUCUUCCAACCACUGGAAAGAAGGCGGAUCUAAUUGCACGACUGCAUGAGGCUGAUAAAUCGGCAAAUGAAUCUGCUGCAAAAGAAGCCAAGGCCGAUACCGUCGAAGAUGUUAUUGAUUGGGAUGAUGAUGCACCAGGAGGCGAAGGCGCUCCCAAGGAAACAACACAGCCUACGACAGAAGCCAGCGCUGCUGUUAUUGCUGCCGGCGGUCAAGGAGCAGUGUCCAACCCCGUCGCUGUUCCUAACCAGACACUAGGAGAGGAUCCUGCUAAGACAAAUGACCUCCAUGUUGAAUCGCAGGCCGGUCAGACUGCUGCUGCAGAAGAGAAGAAGGAGGAAAAACCUGCCGUGGAUUACAGUAUUGGUCUUCAAGCAACCGAUUUGGAAUCCGAGUUGGAGAAGCGUAAAGCCCGUGCCGCGAAAUUUGGCAUUGUCAAUGAAUCUGGCGACGCAGAGACGGGAGCCGAUAAGGCUCUUGAACGAGCCAAGCGAUUUGGCACAGGCGAGUCGGCGCCUGCUAUCAACGGUUUAGAUCAAGCACUACCUGAGCGUUCUCAGAAACGAGGACGAGGAGAUGAUCAAGGUGGCCGAGGUGGAAAGCGACGUAACUUUGGCGGUCACAAUCGUCAUCGCAAUCGCAAUGGGCCAUCAAACAGUAACAAAGGCAACAAUCCUGCGGGCCGUAGCAAUGAACCGAAGUCUGUCUUCAGCGAUAAAGACAAGGCUGCACUGGAAGCUAGAAAGAAGCGAUUUACUACGGCUGCCUAA